GGGUGCUGAGAAAGUUUGUGGGGAAAGUUGAGCUGCGCGAGGAGCCGGGCGGUGGCUGGGGCGGGCGGGCAGGCCCGACCCGAUUCCCCUGCUGCUCCCUUUGCGGCUUGGUGAGUGGGCAUGUGAAGCCGGGGCUGGGGGCCGGUGGACGGACGCUCGGAUUUGCAGGAGGAGACUGGAAGUGUUCAUGGAACCCCAGAGGGGACCCACAAAAGGCUGGAGACUGAACGCUGACAGAGGCAAAAAUCUGCUAACUCAGGGGGCAGACUGCACCAGCGCUGCGAGCAGGCCUGGGGAAUGAGCCCCCGAUCUCCCGACGGUGCCUUCUGUGGCUGCACGGCUGCCUCGGGCUGUCUCUGCCUCUGCUCCUGGCGCUGGCUCUAUCCCUCUCUAGGGUCCCCCUUCCCUGUGCCACAUGGGCCCUCUGUCUGCCACCAGGACCAUGAGGCUCUGGGGGCCUCGGAGCCUGGGGGUGGCUCUGGGAGUGUUCAUGACCAUUGGAUUUGCCCUCCAGCUCUGGGGGGGCCCCUUCCAGAGGAGGUGAGUUCCCCUCUUGUCCCCAUCUCCUGGUAGAUGUCCCCCCACUUGCUCCUUCCCAUUCCACCUGGGGCUGUGACUCUUGGGGACUCAGAAGUGGCUCCAUGCCCGCUCGUCCUUUUCACAAGCGGUGACAUCCACCUGCUGCUGAGAGCCCGGAUGUUUCUCCUCCCAUCUCUUCCCAGGCUCCCUGGGCUGCAGCUCCGACAGCCCUGGGCCCCAUCCCCACGGCCAGCUGUUUCGUCCUGCCCACCCCGGCAGCGACUCGUGUUCCUGAAGACACAUAAAUCCGGGAGCAGCUCUGUGCUGAAUCUGCUUCAUCGCUAUGGGGACCGCCACGGGCUGCGCUUUGCCCUCCCCGACCGCUACCAGUUCGGCUACCCAAGGCUUUUCCAGGCUUCUCGGGUCAAAGGCUACCGCCCCCAGGGCGGGGUGGGCACCCAGACCCCCUUCCACAUCCUCUGUCACCACAUGAGGUUCAACCUGAAAGAGGUCCUUCAGGUCAUGCCUUCGGACAGCUUCUUCUUUUCCAUUGUCCGAGACCCAGCGGCUCUGGCCCGCUCUGCUUUUUCCUACUAUAAAUCCACCUCAUCGGCCUUCCGCAAGGCACCAUCCUUGGCUGCCUUCUUGGCCAGUCCUCGAGCCUUCUACCGGUCUGGGGCCCGUGGGGACCACUACGCCCGCAACUUACUGUGGUUUGACUUUGGCCUCCCCUUCCCCCCAGAGAUGAGGCCCAAGAGAGGGAAUCCUCAUCCCCCCAGGGACCCCAAUGCCCCGGGGACACACAUCUUGCCUUCUGCCACUGGCCCUCGAGCCCAAACCAUAGACUCCAAUGCUGUCGUCCAACCUGUUUCCACUGUUGCUGAUGGCCACGGUCAGACAGGCAGCCCUGCCUCUUUAGAUCUGGGGUCCUCGUCCUUCAUCCAGUGGGGUCUGGCUUGGCUGGACUCCGUCUUUGACCUGGUCAUGGUGGCCGAGUACUUUGAUGAGUCAUUGGUUCUGCUGGCAGAUGCCCUGUGCUGGGGCCUGGACGACGUGGUGGGGUUUGUGCACAACGCCCAGGCUGGCGGUGAGCAGGGACACAACGCCGUCGGCAACAGUGGACUCACUCCUGAGGAUCGGCAGCUGACCGCUCGGGCCCGAGCCUGGAACAACCUGGACUGGGCUCUCUACGUCCACUUCAACCGCAGUCUGUGGGCCCGGAUAGAGCAGUAUGGCCAGAGCCGGCUGGAGAGUGCUGUGGCCAAGCUCAGGGCUCGCCGGGAGGCCCUGGCUAAACAUUGCCUGGAAGGGGGUGAGGCUUUAGACCCCAAAUACAUCUCUGACCGUCGCUUCCGCCCCUUCCAGUUCGGAUCAGCUAAAGUUUUAGGCUACAGACUUCGGAGCGGACUGAGCCCUCACGACCGGGAGGAGUGUGAACGCCUGGCCACCCCCGAGCUACAGUACAAGGACAAGCUGGAUGCCAAGCAGUUCCCCCCGACAGUCUCCGCGCCCCUCAAGGCAUCGCGGCUGCUCUCCCCAUAGGCAUCAGCCAUCCCUGAAGGCAUCAUGGCUGCUCUCCCCACAGGCAUCAGCCAUAGACGACAGCGUAGGAAGGGCACAGCGUAGAAGGGCAGCUGAGGGGGCAGUCAGAGGCGGUUUCUGCUUCCCUCCGAAGGGACCACGGGACUUUGUCCGGAUGCCCGCAGGCCUUUGCCCCUGGACAGCCCGCAGCUGGGCUCCCCUCCCCUUCCCCUUCCCAGCCCCAAGGCAGGUCCGUGUGGUGCUCUCCAAAGUCCCCCCACCCCCCGCCCCGGGAGGAGCAAAAGAUGGAGUGAGCCAGAGAAAGUGUGGGGCAUGUUGAGUCGGAAAGAGAAGUCCAUUUCUGUACGAAGUAUUUUGUUACUGAACUGUAUGUUCCUUUCACUGCCAAACGUUUGUUGAAUGAAUAAAUGACUUGGAACUGCCA